GUUCCAUUGAUCCGGAUGUCAGUUUCCGGAUUAUUAAGUCUCCUGUGGCUUUGACAACAGGGAACCAUGGUGCGCCCAAUCAAGAGCACGCGCGGCGCGGCGAGCGUAGCGGACAAGCUGGAGGAACGCUUGAAGCAGGGCGACUACUAUGGAGCCCUGCAGAUGUACAAGACGUUGUACAGUCGAUAUGCUGCCGCGGGAGAUCAUUUGCGAGCCAUUGACCUCGCGCACACCGCCGCGGUGCAACUUGCGAACCACGAUCAGUGGACGGCGUCUCGGGAAAUGGGGUGCUUGAUGCUGGACUUGUACGUCGCGAACAAGUUUCCCGUCGAUGACGGCAACAAGAGUCGCAUUAAGGCGAUCUCGGAUGCGUUCCACAACGCGUGUCCAAAGGAAGAAGCCGAGUUUCUCAAAAACGCGGUCAAGUGGAGCAAGACGAUCGGCACUCGCCAGCGCGGCGACCCCGAGCUGCAGCUGUGGCUCGCUCGUGUGUACACCCACGAGAAGGACUUUACGAACGCGAACAACCACUACCUGCACGCAGAGAGUCCGCUGGAAUUUGCCGCCGUGUUGGUGCAACAUGCCAACGAAGGGUACGCGAGCGAAGCCGACUUGUUUGUCGUUCGUGCGGUACUUCAGCUGGCGGCAUUGGAGAACUUGCGGGACGCGAACGAAGUGCUGGCGGCAUUUUUGGCCAAAAAGCCACUGGACACGCCGUUGGUCAACUUUACAACGUUUCUGUUGCGUACUUUGGAGCGCGAUGCGUUGCCAUUGUUCCAGCUGCUGCAGGAGCGGUACGCGUAUGCUUUGUCUCGCGACCUGUCGUUCCGCAAUUUUUUGCAAAUCAUUGGCCAAAAGUACUACAACAUCCAGCCGCCACAGUCGGCGUUGAGCUCACUCAUGAGCAUGUUUGGUGGUGGAAUGUAGUUCACUCACAUGGUAGUAACUACUACUACGUAGUACUAGUAGGAGUUAGUACCCAGUGGAUUCUAGAUAUCACAUCGUUUAACAGGGAUUGUACUACGAAAGUUUGUUGAUGUGGUUUGAGGAACUCUUGAACAAGGACCGUACGCUGUUAUGACGACUUUGGUAUAAGUAGAAGUAGGUAGUCUACUAGUCGUGGCAAGACGAAGGGGUCGCGUCCUUCUUUCGCGCUUGCUUCUCGAUUUCUUCAAUCUGCACCAGGGACAGCGACUUGAUCGGCAUCAGUUUGGGUUUGCACAGCACUUCGCUGAGGUUGCCGCGCUCCGAGUACACGAGUCCUGCCUUGGGGAGGACUUCUUGCAGCAUCUCACGCGGUUUCUAUCGUGGCCACAGUCAAGACAGUUCAUGCACAGAGCCAUGACCAGCCAGCCUUACGUUCAUAUGUUGUGCGACGG